UAUCUUACUGUCAUUAAUUGGUUAAAUGUCAACGUCUUCAUAAUUUUAACACAACAUUGAACGAUUUGAAAUUUAAAUCUAUAUUUAUUAAAUUAUUUAAAUUCGGUCGUACACAAACGAUGUGCUUGUGAUUUAACCACAAACAGAUAAGAAAUCAUGUAUUCACCGCGACAAAAGCUUAUGUGGUUUGCGUUUAAUUCAAGAAUGAUAAUAAUUUUAUUGCAAGCUGUAUCGAAUCUCAUCAUACCUGAUCACGACGCUAAGGUUUUCGUCAGCCCGGAAGACCCCACUAUGUACAAAAGUUGGUUAGAUAAUAUAGUUUAUAAACUUUUUGGCGGUUUUAAAAGAUGGGAUGCUCAAUAUUUUAUACACAUUGCUCAGUAUGGAUACACGUAUGAGAAUUGUUUAGCAUUUUAUCCGUUUUACCCCUUGAGCGUGCGAUAUUUUGCCUACGGACUAAAUAGCGCUAUUGGAACAUUUCUUAAUUUUCAUAGUUGCUUAUUAUUAUCUGCGACAAUAAUUAACAUCUGUUUGUUUUUGAAGUCUGCAGACAUCUUGCAUCAAUUAAGCUUGAGAAUCUUAAAAAGUGAAUGUAGAGCUUAUAAGUCUGUCAUAUUGUAUAGCAUUAACCCUGCAAGUAUUUUUUUUUCUGCUCCAUAUUCUGAGACACUAUUUGCUUGGAUGUCAUUCUACACAAUGUUGAAAUGCACAGACAGUGAAACAUUAAGGUUUGCUAAUAUUGAUAUAUUGAGUGGCAUACCUGCAGGGCUUUCAAUGAUUACAAGAUCAAAUGGUAUUGUAAAUUUGGGUUUUAUAUUUUAUACAAGUUUUAAGAAUAUUAUUGAAAGAACACUUCCUGAAAUUGUGUACAAAUAUAAGACAUUAAAGUGUAGGAUAAUACUUCCUUUGUUAUUGUUGCCUUUAUUCAUAUCAUUCAUGGCACUGGUCUUAACUAUAAUAAUUGCAAUUAUACCUUUUCUUUUGGUUCAAACUUACAAUUAUUUUAAAUAUUGUGUACCUAGUGAACAUAAUUUACCUGAAUUUUUAAUAAAUGCAGACUAUGUUUUGCCUGGUACAGCUGAGAGUCCUUGGUGUAAUUACUCAAUACCUUUAUCCUACAGUUAUAUUCAAAGUCAAUAUUGGGAUGUAGGGUUUUUAAAAUAUUACAAAUUAAAGCAAAUCCCUAAUUUCAUUCUUGCUGCUCCUAUACUUAUUUUAUUAAAUUAUUAUUGUUUAGUGUAUUUUUUUAACAAUUUUAAGCUAUGUUUGAAACUUGGUUUAAAGUUCAGUUCAUUAGGUGGUUACUCAACCAAGACUUCUUGCAGAUCAAAACAGUGUGCUAAAGGAUUUGGUGCAAAUGAUCCUGUUCUUUACUUAUAUGUGGUUCAUGUAUUUUUACUAUCUAUAUUUUGUAUUUUUUUUGUUCACAUUCAAGUUACAACUAGACUCCUGGCUUCCGCUAGCCCUGUAUUGUACUGGAUUUGUUCAAGUAAAUUAAAUGCUGGUCCUACUCCGACAUCUGAACAAAACACUAUUAAUGAACAUUUCCGUGAAAUUACAACAGGAAAGAAAAUUCCAUCACAUCAUUUGUCUAUUGCCAAUUUAGAGGGAUUAGACAACAUGUACAGCAAAUGGAAAACUUUUAUAAUAUCAAGAAAAAUGCUUGAUUUUCAAUCUCGCUUGAUACAGUAUUAUUUUAUAGGGUACUUUGUUGCUGGUACAAUUUUGUUUUCAAACUUUUAUCCGUGGACAUAGAAAAUGUACAGUAUAAAAUAACAUAUCCUUUUAUGAAUCAAUUAUGUGAUUGUUUAGAAGCAUAUCAGAUGUUUAAUUAUUUAACUGUUAUUCAGCAUAAAGAAUCAAAGGUAGCAAGCAAUCUAAGAAGUUUGAAAUUAAAUAGGGGACCAUAACUUAGGAAAUGUAGGCAAAUCUUAUGUUAAUUUUGAAUUCUCAAUAUUUGUUUUAAAUGUUUUUGGAAGGCUAUUAAUUCUAUACUAUUUUAAUACUAACAGAACAUUGUUUCACAAUGACCUUUUUUACAAAAAGGGUUGUGUUCUGGUGUUUAAGAGCAGUCUGAAAACCACUAGACCUACUUAAAUGAAUGCAUGCAAGUAAACUUAAAAAAAAUCUACAUUUUAUAUUUCGCUCUCAUGAUAAAUUAUAAAAUAGAAACAGAUGAGCUUUCAGGUAGUACACACAUAUUAUUUAUUCCAAAUUUAAUACUGGAUGAUGGAAUUGGAUAAUAGAAAGUAUUAAGUUUUACUUUAUGCAAUAAAUUAAACAAUAAUUAUUGUGGCCUUGUAAUAAAAGUAAUUUACCUAGUUAAAAUUUAAGUUAUAGAUUGCAUAUCAUGGGUAUAUAUAGUUGAAUAAAUCAAAAUCAAAUAUAAGAUUGUAAUACUUUUCCCAAAGUAAUGCAGUUACAUAUCAAGGAGUGAAAUGUUAUUUGGUUUAAGUGACAUUUUACUUAAUACGCGAAAUUUAUCUUUGGAAUUACUCAUAAAUGUGCGUUUAAUUUGGUGUUAGCUUAUACAGUUCGAUGUUUUUAAUUGUACUGCAAUUAAGUUUACUCCAUUUAAUAAUGAUAUUUUUUUUAAUUUUAAACUUUGAAUGGCUCUCCUGUUAUGUUGCAAAAAUGUCACUCAAACCAAAUAGCCUUUCACCCCUCGAUAUGGUAGAGUAAUUAAAGUAUUUAAAAAUUAUUAUUAUCCAAGUAAGACUGCCAAUAAUAAGCUAUGCUAUGCCCAUUUAAAUUAUAAUCAUAAGACCUAUUACAUAAGCUUGACAAUUUAGCCAUUUGUUCUAGUCAUAGUGAGAGAAAUACUUAAAAAAAAUAACAUUAUAAUUUAAUUUAUUUUCACUAUUUUUAUUGAUAGAAAUAAGACAUUAACACAUAAAAAACUAAAUAUAUAGUUAUCAAAACUUAAAUACUAUAUUUACUACUAAAGUUUAAUAUCUUAGACAUUCUGCUUGUCCGUCAUUUCGCGCCGUCCAUUUUAAAUAUUGCAAUCACUAGGUUUUGUACAAAUUUAAAUCUACCUUUAAUGAAUUUAAAUUACGCCUUAUAUCACACCUAUACAGGGUGUAUUGGAACCGAUCCCGAAAAUCUUUUAAGUUAGAUAAAAAUUAUAUUACUUUUCUUUCUGCUGCCUACAAAUAACAAAAAAAAUUUGAAUUUUCCUCAAUUUGUGAAAUAUUUUUUGUCAAUAAACACAACUAUAAUCGGCAAACACGCGGAAUAUGCAAUCACGGGUUAUUCACAAAAUGUAAACAUCGUAAUACAAAUCUUUUUUUAAAAAAUCAAUGUUUUCAAGUUUAUUUCCGUUUCCGUUGCGGGAUCGGUAUCUUUACACCACCGCGUAUAAAUGUGUACACUUUGCAUAUACGACUAUGCUUAUUUUCAUGCAAUUUAGAAGUUUUACCUAAAAGCUGUUUUAAAAAUUUAUGGUUGUGAACUGUCUUGCAAUUACAGAUAGUGAUAGAAUACACAAUAAUUGCAACAAUUGCCUUUUAAUAAAUUAAUGUGUAAAAACUG